GCGUCGACGGGUUCACCUUUAUCAUUCGCAUAGCAUCAGGGACAUUUGUACAUAUGAGAUAGGCUAGCAAUUUGUGGUGUAUUUUCUCGUGGGCAGUUGAUGUAUACGCCUGGUCUGGCUGUGUAGGUCGGUCGUCCCUACAUUGUCAGGCUCAGCAGCCCCGAGGGGCGUCGGAGCUUAGCAUUCAGGGUCAGCGCUAGGCAAAGAACUCACAAGCGAUACUUCACCAACCAACCACAGAAAUUGGUAUCUUGGACCCAGGAGAGUCACACGGCGCCUUCUCACUCCGCGCUGAAUCGGCACAUAUCGACGCCGUGGAUAACUGUCUGUUCUCGAAGCCGCCGAGGUCCUUGAGAGAAGAUGGAUGUUUAUAUAAACUGCGGUCAAUCGUCCAAAGGAAAUGUGCUGGUAGAAGUCCCAUAGUCCGAACAUACGAUACACGCUCGACUUUGUGAACCAACCUCCUGGGAAAGUCUCCUGAGGUCGGUCGACAGCAUCAUAUCCUGCCUCCCAACAUCAAAAGCUUCUAGUUGUCACACCCCAAAACCGCCAGCCGCCAUGGGCAACCCCCGACCGACGGUCCGCGUGGGCGUCUUCAUCCCCAAGGAGGCGCAGCUCCUCGACGCGGCCUGCGUCGACAUCCUCGCUACGGCGGGGCACGACUACCUCUCCCUGUGCAAGGGCCUCGUGCCGCCGCACAUCAUCGACCUGGCCCCGACGGUCGAGGUCCUGUACGUGUCGCAGCUGCCCGCGGGCGCCGCCGUGCCGCUGACGGCCGGCGCGCGCCUCCUCGUCGACCGCCACCUCUCGAGCCCGGACGUGGCCCCCGGCACCCUCGACGUCGUCCUGGUGCCCGGCCCGGACCCGGCCGCGGCGCACGACGCCGUCGCGCUCGAGUGGCUGGCCGCCCACCACGCCGCGGCGGAAACUGGUGGCGGCCGCGGGACGGACGUGUUGUGCGUCUGCACCGGCAUCUUUCUGUGCGGCGAGGCGGGCAUCCUCAAGGGCCGCAGGGCGUGCGGGCCCCGCGGCAUGCAGGACCUGCUGGCCAAGAGGUUUGAGGGCGUCACUUGGGUGGGAGAGGAGCUGCGGUGGGUUCGGGAUGGGAAUCUCUGGAGCAGUGGCGGCAUAACCAAUGGCAAUGAUCUCGUUUCUGCCUACAUCCGACAAAGCCCUCUCUUCCCAGGCCCCGUGGUCGAGAUGGCCCUCAUCAUGGCCGAUACCGGUGAUCGACCACAAAAGUACGGCCAGAGCAAGCCCGUGUUCGUCAUGUCAGUCCUCUGGACCCUCUUCCGGGGACUGGUCAUGAGCAUCAGGCGGCCAAAGUAUACAUAAUGUGCUCAUACAGGCCACAGGCAUCCGUGGCCAAGGCGCGCAUGAUGGGCAGUCGUUUUGUUCCUCUUUGGGGUAGAAUAUCUGUACAUAUUGCCGGUUGAGAGUCUAGUUGUGGGAUAAUUUGACCUCAUCCCGGUCUGGACUGCACCCUAAUCGCCCUUGCCUGUUGUCGAG